AUGGAUUUGGAGAGCGUGAAGAGGUAUCUGGAGAAAGGUAGUGGGCUUCUGGAAGAUGAUGACAAGAAUCGAUCAGCGAUCGACGGUAUUCCUAACAGAUUCUUCGAGCGAUUCAUUAUGCAAGGCCUUCAUGUCGAUUUUGUCGAACCCGGUCGCGUUAUUUGCUCCAUGAAAGUCCCACCUCGUCUCCUGAACGCUGGCAACUUCUUGCACGGUGGAGCCACAGCCACACUCGUUGAUUUGGUUGGGUCAGCUGUGAUAUUCACGGUUGGAGCUCCGCAGACUGGAGUUUCAGUUGAAAUCAACGUUUCAUACUUGGAUGCUGCUUAUGUCAAUGAAGAGAUAGAAAUUGAAGCCAGAAUCUUGCGAGUUGGGAAGGCUGUUGGAGUUGUCAGCGUCGAGUUCAGGAAGAAGAAAACCGGCAAGAUUAUUGCUCAGGGGCGUCAUACCAAAUACCUUGCUGUUUCUAGCAAAAUGUGA